AUCGGCCAAACCCUAGAAGCAGUGAAAACAAUUUACCCUCGUUGAAGGCAUCAACGAAAAUGUCGUAUAUCGUCUCACGACACAUAUUUAACUUUCUCUGCAAACAUGAAGGCUGUACGGAGUAUGGUAAAGUCGAGAGAAAUUUGCGGCAGAGUUUCACGGUGGCGGAUCAGGUUUUGUCUCAGGUGCUCGAUGAUCACCAGAGGUUUGUUAUAGUUCAGGAUCAAGGCUCGAAUCCCAGAAACGCCAUACCAGCUGCUGACAGCCAGAUCAUAGCCAAAACCUCACUGCGAGUGUGUAAAAAUGACAAAUGUGCCGGGUGUGAAGACCUACACCUGUGCAGGUACUUUGUAUGUGGAAAUUGCAGAUUUGGGGUGAAAUGCAAAAAUUCCCAUGACUUGACUUCAGCACAUAAUUCCGACCUCGUGAAAAGUAAUGAUCUUAAUGGCCUUACAAGUGGAGAGUUGUUUCAACUUCUGCUUCAAAAUGACCCCUCAUUACUUCCUGAGGUGUGCUCCCACUACAACAAGGGGAUUGGCGAAUAUGGCAGUUGUAAAUAUAAAACAUCCUGUACCAACCUUCACAUCUGCCAGCACUUCCUGCUGGAUGACUGUAAGUUUGGAGCAGGCUGCAAAAGGGCCCACAGAUUCGAUGCAAAUGCUCAGAAAAUUCUGAAUGUCCGAGGACUCGUUCCAGAAAACAUGCACAGACUCUGCAAGCUUUACAAGAACAAGUUACUGAUUGCUUCUUCCGCUUUCAAGAAAAGUGAGACAGCAGCUCUACCAGCAGUGAGAGGUACCAGACACAAAUCCAGUAGCUCUGUCAGUGAAGCGGAUCACAAUGAAAUCUGUCUCUUUUUCAUACGCACCGGAUGUAGUUUCAAAGACAAGUGUGCCCGUUUUCACCACCAUCUACCCUAUAAAUGGCAGAUAUUGCAGAAGGAUGGAACUACGUGGGGUGACUUACUGAAUGAAGAGGAGGUUGAGAAGGCAUACUGCAGUCCAGCUAAUGUUCUGUGUAUUACCCAGAGCAGCUCGGGGCAUCAUCAGGUAGUGGACUUUAUGUCAAUGACUUGUGGAGUGUCAGAAGUCCGUCGGCUGUCCACAGCAUCUUCUGUUACUAAACCACCCCAUUUCAUUCUGACCACUGAAUGGAUCUGGUACUGGAGGAAUGACAAGGGAGGUUGGACUGAGUAUGGCAAAGGGGAGGAUUCUAAACUCAUGGCGUCAGUCACCUCAGAAGACCUCGAGAAACAUUACCUGGCUGACAGAGAAAAGGAAAUCUCAUUCACUUCGGAGAACCAUCAAUACGUCCUCAAAUUAAAAGAGAUGUGCCAGCAAAAUCUGAAGUACAAAACUGAAAGGGACGUUAGAAGGAGACCACGUUUUGUUUCUGACGAAGAUGUCAAAAGCAAAAUCAAGGGCAGUGAGUCUCCAGACAGCUCAGCAUCUUCUUCUGUGGAAGUUCCUCCUUACUGGGACAAAGGAGCUCUUCCUAGCUUCACUUACAAGAUUAUUCCUUUGCAAAGCUCUUCCAAGGAGUACCAAAGGGUGGGUUCAAUGUUUAGUAAAACAAUGGCCAAAAGCAUCAUUCACAGCAUUGAAAGAGUGCAGAAUCCUUCUCUCUGGAAGGUCUUUCAGUGGCAAAAAGAACAAAUGACUUUGAAGAGUGGAGGGAAUGCUGUGAACCAGCGUUACCUUUUCCAUGGUACGGAUGAGUCUUUCAUAGAUGCCAUCUGUGAGCAGAACUUUGACUGGAGGAUCUGUGGCAGUCAUGGGACAAGUUAUGGGAAAGGUAGCUACUUUGCCAGAGAUGCUUUAUACUCUGACAGAUAUGCAAAAUCCAGGAACGGCAAGACCAAGAAGAUGUUUGUGGCACUGGUGCUGGUCGGAGACUUCACAAGGGGUAACAGUGGUUUUCUCCGCCCUCCACAGAAACCCAACAGUCAAAGCUUUUACAACAGCUGUGUUGACAAUGAGACUAACCCAGCCAUUUUUGUUGUGUUUGAGAAAUUCCAGAUCUAUCCUGAGUACAUCAUUGAAUACUCUUAAUUUGUGUAAUCAAACUAUUUUUAAAUAUGUUUGAUACAUUGAAACAUUCUAGUAAACAAA